GUCAGAUCGUUGUGAUGUCACUUUAUAAAUAAAGUGAGUGGCAUAGAGAAACAGUCACAGAUCAGCUGAAACACGGAGACAAACAUGAAGAGCCUCACACUCCUGAUCUUCUGCUGCAUGAUAGCUGCAUGUCUGAGUGCAGGUCUUCCUGACACUAAAUCAGCGAGUCCUGCAGAAUCUCCCAGAGAUGAUGGUGUGUUUGUGAAACGAGACGUGGCCUCAACAGUCGUGAGACCGAAGCGAGCAGGAACAGCACCUGCAGACCUGACUGUGGCUCAGCUGGAGAGUUUGAGAGAAGUGUGUGAAGCAAACCUGGCCUGUGAGCACAUGAUGGACGUGUCCGGCAUCAUCGCGGCCUACACUGCAUACUACGGGCCCAUUCCCUACUAGAGCCCCACCGCAGCGUCCCGCAUCAAAACGCAUUAUGAGCAUCUGUCAAAAAUGAUUAAAAAAAAAACCUUAAGUAGAGGAGUUGCUGAAGCCAUACCAAAUAAUAAUAAAGAAUGAAAUCCAA